AACGUCAUCAAUGAGACCGAAGACUGUGUUGCUUGAGUGAAGUUAGAACUAAAACACGAGCCGGCGGAUCAACAGGCGCUACUUUGAAUGAAGUUGGUUGCCUAUUGACCUUUCUCUGUGCUAUGACAGCUGAUCAAAAAGCAAUGAUACACAAGCAUUUUGAAGAAAUAGGUAUUGAGUGUAUAAAAGAUCACGUUAUUACAAAAGAUGAUAUCACCAACCUCAAAGCAAAGAAGAUACCUACUGGCGAUAAUGCUCCUUGCUUCCUAGCUUGCAUGCUCAGAAAACUAGGCGUUUUGGAUGAUGCUGGCUUACUUCAGAAAGAGACAGCAUUGGACCUCGCUAAAAAAGUUUUUAAUGAUAACGAAGAAUUAAAACUGAUUGAAAAUUAUCUCCACUCCUGUUCGCAUAUUAAUUCCGAACCAGUAGGAGACGGUGACAAAGGCUGUGAACGUUCUAUGCUGGCUUACAAGUGCAUGAUAGAAAAUGCAUCGCAGUUUGGAAUUGAAAUUUAAUGGAAGUAUUUAAUAUCUGAAAUCCAUUUGACCAAUGAAAAAUGGAACGUAUGUUCAUUUCAAAUUAAUUAUUAAUAAUAAGCAAAUAAAUGUAAAAGUAAACAAUGUUUUCAAUAAAUAAUAAAUAAAAUGGUAAAUAAAAUUAUAAUUGCUUUAUUUCAAGUUAAACAUAACAAAACGUCAAGGAACAUUUGUAAAUAAAUUGUAAAAGUAAAGAUCUUUGUUUUUCAAAUAC